GUUUAACCAUCCAAGAAAAGCCACAGCAGUCGGUAGCCAUGACCAGCAAGCCGCGCACAGGUCCGCCGAAACACCCUAACAAGUUCGCUUGGAUACCUAAAGCCAACGUUAAAAUUAACGAAACUGAAGUCGGUGGCAGAUUCAGACCCUUAUCCGAGAUAACCGGAGUGUGCCCCAAGUGCAGAGACCAGAUCGAAUGGAAACGCAAAUACGGCAAAUAUAAACCCCUUUCUGAACCCGCUAAAUGUCAGAAGUGUACAAAGCGUGCUGUUCGUCAAGCGUAUCAUAAUCUUUGUACAGCUUGUGCUAAGGAGCACCAUGUUUGUGCUAAGUGUUCGUGUCGUGUGGAACGAAUCGUUGGCAGAGAUAUAAGUGAAGUAGAGGCUGAGAAAAAGAUGCUAGAAGCGGCUAUUAGUAAUGCCCGUGAAAGAGAAAAAAGAUCCUUGCUCCGUGCCAUGAACAAAGGAAAAUCUCAAACAAAAGAACAGGAUCCAACAGAUAAUCAAGACAAGGCUGGUGAUCUGUUCAAAGUUGAGUCACUCGAAGCAUAUGCAGGGGCAAACAAAGACGAUGACAAUGAGGAUGAUAGUGAAGAUGAGACCCAAGUAGUCAAUUGAGAAUAAUGUUCUUCUAUAUGAUCAAGUUAGCAUUAGGAAUGACCAGAAAUUACAUUCAGCAAAAGAGAUAUAUCGUUACUUUAUCGUCCUAUUGGCUUGUGAUUUUAUGACUUCCUCCUUUUGUCUUUCCUGCUUUAAAUAUAUAUGCCUAAUUCAAUGGUAAAUUCCCAAUUUUGUGUGUU